CCUCAGGUCAAGCAAUUUGUUUUCUUUUCUACUUUGUAGCAUUAAUUAGUUGUUCAAAGUGAUCAAAUAAUGGAGGUGAGCAUGGGGUUCCUGCUCUUGGGUGCAGUGUUAGCCAUGGCUGGGUUAAGUCGCUCUGUCUCACAGGGAGAGUUUCUGGAGUUAAGACAGCACCUGGGUAUGGACGCAGAGGACAGUGUAGCAGAGCGACUGGGGACAGUGGUCAAUGAAGAGGACCUGGGUCAUGUUCUUGAAGAUCGUGUCUUGACAUCAGUGCUGCGGUCAUUGCUUCAGGGAUCUCAAAGGCAGGGACGCAACCCUUCAAUCCUGCACCAGCCUCAGCGAUUUGGCCGUGGCACUCGAGGUGACUUACCUGCAGAGGAGAGAAUCGAGUCUCGGGACUGGGAGACAGUGCCUGGGCAGAUAUGGAGUAUGGCAGUGCCACAGAGAUUUGGCAAAAAAUAGCACAGAUCUUCUGUAAAAAAACAUCACAGUAGGAUCAUCAGAGUCUAAGAAAACAUUUUAACAAAUAAUUAGAGAGACUCUAAUAAUUCUGUUUAUAUAUGACAUUCUUGUUUCCUUUAGCUUAGGUUGUUGGGAUGUCAUGGUACAAAAAAAUUGCUAUAUUAAAUUUCAGUAAUCUUACAAAUUUUAGUAACUUCACUGUACCAUAACAAAUAUCAGGCCAGGUCUUUAUGUUCAGUUUGAAAUGUGUUUAUGGGUGGUUUUUUUGGGGAGGGGUGGAUCUACUGUACAUAUUGAUGUGUGGCACAUGGUUCACUGCUGUUGUUAUUA